AUGAAAUCCGGAGCCCAACAACAGCAGCGAACGCCGGCAACGGACUUCGUCCAGGAGUACGCGACGAAACGACAAAUUCAGAUGGACUUGGCGAAAAAAAUCCGCGAAGAUCGCAUUUAUCAGCAGAGCAUGCGGGGGGCCGCGGGAGGGGGGGGAGUUAGCUUGGGCGUUAAAAACAAGGAGAACUGGGGCGCGCCGGCGAUGGGGUCGAAACCCUCCCCCACGGCGAGCGGGGUCGAGAAGGUCGAGGCGGAUAAAUUGGCCUCAACUUCGGUCGUCCUGCAGGUCAUGGAGGACGACUUUAAGGAGGCCACCAAGGCGGGGAUUAUCACCCCGGAUCAGGCCCGGCAGCUGUGGGCGAUGCUGUCAAAUCAGCUCAUUCGCGUGGCCCCUUCCAGCCGGGAAAGCCUCAACACCGGUUGCUUUUCCACUACCGUAGCGAGCCUGCUAGCGCUUUCCAGCUCCCAAACCAGCCCAUCGGACGCCGAUUCCUCGCUAAACCGGCGGGGUUCUUGCCAUUCAACGAAAAAGUAUCCCCAAGGGAGCGAAAAACAGGUCGAGGGCAAGUUUCCUUUCGGUGGAAGUAUCUCCAUGGAGUCACUUCGCCAGAGCAUCGCGUACUUUAAAGAACAACAAGAGCAGCUACGGCAGGAGCCACAGGCCGCGCAUUUAAAGCAACGUGCCCGUGCAGAGGAAACGAACUCGCGCCAUCCCCCCGCCAAUCAUUAUUACGGCAAUGAAGAAGAUGUCCUAGAUGGGCCUUUCAACAAGCCACCUUCCCCUUCUAUCCCCGAAGAGGAGGAGGAGGAGGAGGAGGCGGAGGCGGAGGAGGGGAUGGAUUUUCGCGGCCCCUACGGCAAGGGGGUGGGCGCCGUCAAAUCCAAGUUGACGUCAAAUAAUCCCAACACCAAAAACAAGCCGGACUGGAAUUCAGAUGUGAGUAUUGAGCGAUUUGACGAGGCGGGAGGCGGGCUGAAAGAGGCCAGCCCGAAAACAUCGGCACCCACCGCCGUUUUGUCCAAAUCGCUGGCCGCCCGGGUGGCGAUUCAGAAGGCGGGGGCUCCGGUGAAAUCCCAGGCCCCUGGGGGCGGCAAACCCCCCACCCAGCCCCCCUACCACGCACCCUCCUAUCCCUCCUACCCCACUUCGCCCUCCGAGCGGAGUAAUGAGGAGAGGGAGGGCGGGGGGCUCGAGGAGGGCGCGCGGUGGGGCGGGAAUGGCCCCACCCCAGCCUCCCCCGCGACCCUCGACGAGAUGGCGAUCCACCCGAAUGGGGCGAGGAAUGGCGUCCCCUUCAAAGGAGCGCCGGGGUCGAAGCGGAAGGACGCCGGCGGGCGCAUCGCCGCGUUGUUAAACAGCAAUAGUAAUGGCCAUCCACUCGCCACCGCCGGGGAGGGGCGGGGCGGUGGAAACGACCUCAUCGCGGCCGAGGCCUCGGUGGCGGCGCGGGAGCCCACGCGCGAGUGCGGGAUCUGCGGCCGCACCUUCCGCGUUUCGGUUCUCCCCCGGCAUGAGCCGCUAUGCCGAAAGCAAACGAAUAAACCGCGAAAGGUCUUUAACAUGAGGGCCCAACGCUUGGAGGGGGUGGAGGGGAUGGAUCAGGUCCGGCUGGGCGUCCCGGCCAAUAAUAGCCACGCCACGCAGCGGCACCACCACGCGGCGGCCCUGUCGAACGCGGGGAAGAUCCCGAAAUGGCGAAUCCAACACGAGCAAUUCCAGGCCGCCAUGCGCGCGGUCCAUCAACAAAAAGGCGACGAGCCGUUGGGAGGUGGAAAUGGUAAUUAUAACGGCAAAGGAGGGGGUGGAAAGGGGGGGUAUGGAGGACGCAUACCGCCAUCAUUGCCGCCGGAGUUUGACGAUCGCGUGCCCUGCCCUCACUGCGGGCGGAAGUUCGCGGAGGAGGUCGCUAAACGUCAUAUCCCGAAAUGUGCGAAUACGGUUGCGAAACCAAAAGGAAUUCGUCCGAUUCGACGGUAG